AUGUAUACAUCCGCUCCACCCUGGCGUAGCGCUGGGUCUUCGACUAUCACUGAUUCUAGUGCUUUCGUUCCAGUGGUUGCGCGCCGAAGUCUAAACCAAGCAGCCCCUGUAAGCCGACCAGCUCACUCCUCAGCACCGUACCAAGCAGCACAUACACCAGAUAUGCAAAGUUCAAAUCCCCCGAAAAAGAAGGUGGACUGGCCUCCUGCGGUGCGACAGUAUGUGCAGCGAUGCUUCGUUCCUGAAAAUAUGAUCAAGGGCAUAUCGAGGGAGGAUAUGGAGGCAAAAUUAAAAAGCGUUAUCACCCAAGCUGCCGAGAGCAAUAACCUUCACAGUGUCAACUGGGCCGAUCUCCCUUUGCCUCAGCAAAUGCUGCAGGAAGAGCGUACCCGUUCCCUUCUUACCCCAUCUUCCGUAGCAUUCUCAAGGCCGUCACCGUCACCCCCACCUCCGUUUUUUCCUGACCCAUUGUUAAAUUCCAAACCCGACACGUUAAGAAAGAGGAAGUCUUCUGAGCUUACAGAGAGGGAUAAUGGCCAAGGUGACCAACCCGCUUGGCGACAAUCCCCUACAAAGAAUGGAUUCGAGGACCGUAUUUCCUUUGCGCCUAUCCCACCGGACAAACGCCAACGACUGGACAGUCAUGCCAAAAACGCUAGUAAGUCUAACGCAAAUCUGGAGCAUCGACGAAAGAGAUUCGAUAAUUCUCAACUUGGUUUUCGUUCUCCAUUCAAUGACAACUCAUCCAAUGCCAACACCCCUUCUGCGACCGAGGAUACUGGUCCCGUUAUCGGACGGUCACAGAAACUGGAAAAGAACUACUUCCGACUUACAUCAGCUCCGAAUCCGGAUACUGUGCGGCCUCUUCCUGUUCUCCAGAAAACUCUGGAACUUUUGAAACGAAAAUGGAAGCAGGAAGCCAACUACACCUACAUCUGCGACCAAUUCAAAUCUCUGCGCCAGGAUCUGACCGUUCAACACAUCAAGAACGAGUUCACUGUCAAUGUCUACGAGAUUCAUGCCCGCAUCGCCUUGGAGAAGGGGGAUCUUGAUAAAGCGGACAGAGCGGUGAAGCAUGCUCUUGAUGUGCGAUCAGCACUUGCCCUUGGCAAUUAUCAUCGAUUUUUCCAACUUUUCCUUGAAACACCUAAUAUGGGUGCCUAUCUGAUGGACAUGUUUGUAGCACGCGAGCGCCUAGCUGCUCUUGCCAGCAUUUGCAAAGCUUACAAGCCGGAUGUGAAAAUCCGCUACAUUACAGAAGAGCUCGGCUUCGAGUCCGAUGAGGAUAGUGCUCGAUUCAUCCUCGAGCAUGCUUCUGAAGACCUACUUCAGGAACGUGAUGAUGGCGUCAGGCUUCUUACCGGAAAAGCUGGUCAAGUCUUCGAAGCAGCCAAACGUGGUGCCUUCAAGCUUAUCGAUCUCAAAGGCCAGAUAUGA